AUGACCAGCCAAUCCUCUACGGUGGCUGAAAACCGACUGCACGCGUCGAUUCAAGACCAGCAAAGCACAACUCUCAACGGAGGAAAGUACGAUGGGGGCGUUAGGCCAGGGAAGGUUCCUCCAGUCGGUGCAUUUGAGGUUUCUAGGACGAUACGAGUGGUCCAGGUUGGAGUAGCAACAAUUUAUUGCUUACUGGCUGCCGGUGUGGUAUUUGGAUAUGCUGCGCUGAAGCCUGUAAUGAUUAAAGAAGGGAUAUAUAGGGAACAUUGUACGGAGCAUGAACUUGCCAAGAAUGUUCAUGUGUGCUUUGAACAAGAGAUUCGGCUGAAUUUCAUGUUUACGGUUGCUGCUGUAGCUACAAAUGUCUGUGCCCUGCUUGUUGGCGCAAUUCUUGACCAUUAUAGCGUUGAUCCUUAUCCAAUCGCAUAUUUCCUUCUGGCCGUCGGUGGCCCUUUCAUCUUCAUCCCGUCUUUCCAUCUGUCAAACGCAUUUCCGACGCAUUCAGGACUUGUUCUGUCAAUGUUGACUGGUGCAUUCGAUUCUUCAAGUGCCAUAUUCUUACUGUACCGUAUUGUCUAUGAAAAGACUGGUGGAAGAGUUGGACUUCAGGAAUGGUUUUUGGGAUAUCUCAUCGUCCCGGCAUUCAUCUUCGUGAUGCAAGUUCUUGUGAUGCCAGUCAGAAGCUAUAAGACGGUUGUAGAACUGGUAAGACAAGUUGAGGUUGAAGAAGAAUUGCUUGAGGAGGAGGACAGUGAUUAUGAGCAGGACGAAGUUGAAGUCCGAAUACGUAGGCAACAUCACGAAUCUGUUAUUGGCGAAAUUGAUAGUCUACUUGGCGGGAAGAACGCCGCGGAAGAGAGCGAGAGGAGACGAGAAAAAAGACAUGAGGGUAGCGGUGUUUGGGGUGCCAUGCAUGGCCGUCCAGUCACGAAGCAAAUAGCUAGUGGGUGGUUUGUGUUGAUCGCACUGUUUACUAUCAUUCAAAUGACUCGAAUCAACUACUUCGUAGCUACAAUCAGAUCACAGUAUGAGUUUCUCUUCCACUCUUACUCGAAAGCCGUUGAGAUCAACGAAUUCUUCGAUAUCGCACUUCCAGUCGGUGGUGUGCUCGCCGUUCCUUUUAUUGGCCUGAUCCUAGACAGUUUUUCAACACUCUCGGUCCUGUCUAUUCUAGUUACAAUGGCCGCCGCAAUUGGGGCUCUCGGUUUAGUAGAACGUUCAUACAUGGCAGCUCUUGCCGGAAUAAUUGGAUUCGUUAUUUACCGACCGUUCUAUUAUACUGCUGUCUCCGACUAUACCGCUAAAGUGUUUGGUUUUAAGACGUUUGGAAAAAUAUAUGGUCUAGUCAUAUGUCUUGCAGGCUUGUUUAAUUUCUCGCAAGCUGGGCUGGACGCGUUGACAUUUAAGGUGUUCCACAAGGAUCCCAGACCAGUAAACUCUGGGCUGCUUGUUGCCGCUGUGGCGAUCGGAAUAGCGCUUGUCUUAUAUGUGUGGAGAACCGGAAGGAAAAUCAAAAGGAGAAUUGGGGCAGAAAAUAGACAGCAGGGAAUCAAAUCUUAG